UUGGGAUGAAGAAGACACUUGUGUUUUAUAGAGGAAGAGCUCCAAGAGGUGAGAAGACUAAUUGGGUCAUGCAUGAAUAUCGUCUUGAAGGCAAAUACUCGUAUCACAAUCUCCCCAAAUCUGCAAGGGACGAAUGGGUCGUGUGUAGGGUUUUUCACAAGAACAAUCCUUCUACUACAACCCAACCAAUGACGAGAAUACCCAUUGAAAAUCUCACGAGGACGGAUUCUCUAGAGAACAUUGAUCAUCUCCUAGACUUCUCAUCUCUUCCUCCUCUCAUAGAUCCAAGUUUUACAAGUCAAACCGAACAACCCAACUUCAAACCCAUCAACCCUCCAACUUACAAUAUCUCAUCACCAAUCCAACCCCAUCACUUCAAUUCUUACCAGUCAAUGUUCAACCACCAGGAUUUUGGUUCUGCCUCUGCUUCAGGCUCUACAUACAACAACAACAACGAUAUGAUCAAGGUGGAGCAGUCGCUUGUUAGUGUAUCUCAAGAAACAUGCCUGAGCUCAGAUGUGAACGUUACCACGACAGCAACCACGGAGGUAUCUUCGGGUCCGGUAAUGAAACAAGAGAUGGGGAUGAUGGGAAUGGUGAAUGGUAGCAAGUCGUAUGAAGAUCUAUGUGACUUGAGGGGGUUCUUAUGGGACUACUAAUUUAUUAUUUAACUUUGGUGAAAGAGUAUAUUUGUUGGGAUUUAAAUCAUGUAGUUAAUAUACAUUUUACGUAUAGGAUUUACUAGAGGGUUAAUCCUAGUUAUUUUCACUUCAUUGAUAUUAUUUAAUUAGUUGAUUGUUUGAUUAGUUUAUAUAGUGUGGGGAAAAAAAGGAAAAACAAGGAUUGUGGUAAUUUGGGAUUUUAGUGCAUAUGUUAUAAUAUCUCAAUGUAAACUGGAUUGGUAUACGUAUAAAUUAGCUUUAUAUGGUUUCUUA